AUGCGUUAUCUCGGACUCCGACUGGACAGCCUCUGGAGUUUCGUUGGCCACUUCAACGAGCUGGCCCCCAGGUUGGAGCGCGUGGCAGGCGUGUUGGCGCGCCUAUUGUCCAACCUGCGGGGUCCUAGCGAGAAGCUUCGUCGACUCUAUAUCGGGGUCGUGCGAAGUAUGGCCCUAUACGACGCCCCAGUUUGGGCAGCCGACCUGGCCGCCAGGCGGAUAGUUCUGCGACGUGUGGAGCGGCGACUGGCGAUCAGGGUGGCGAUGGGUUACCGCACGAACUCCUACGAGUCGGCGAUGGUCCUGACAGGAGUAAUUUCCUGGAAGCAUCAGACAGAGGUGGAGGCUGAAGUGUAUAGACACCGAAGCGCCCUCCGCCGGGUGGGGGUUAUCGAGGGUGUCCUGCCAGGGCCCAGCGUCGAGGAGGUCAGGCUCCAGGCUCGCCGCGUCGCUAUCUCCCGCUGGCGCGCGGAACUCACUGCCAGCGGGGCCGCGGUGAAACGCGCGGUCGGGGCGAUCCUUCCACGCCUGAAGCAGUGGAUGGAUCGCGGCCACAGGCGACUCUCGUUCCGGAUCACGGAACGGGUUGGUGAUGUCCCUUGUCAGAACUAUGAACUAUGCGAACUAUCCAUUUUUGCGCUUGAGUUUCUUCUUUUUAAAACCUACCCUUUUCCUUAA